UGACAGGACAGCCAAUGGAUUUCUCCGGCUAUAUAAACCCAUUCUCAGGCCUCCGUUUUUCCUCCCCCCGCCUCUCCCUCUUACCUCUUCACACCACCACUGUUCCAUUUCUCUCUCGAUCGCCUCUGUUUUCUCUUUCCCCUGCUCUGUCCUGGACAAAACAGAGUGAAAGAAAAAAAAAGCUCCAACACCCAGGUAGAUUGGAAUGAAUUUCCCCUCUUCCACAUGUGUCUCUGGUUCGAGUUUCCCAUUUUCGAUUCCAACCCAUCAAAAUAUGAAGGAUUUCACCUUCUGGGCUUUCAUUUUUCUUGGGACUUAAUAGUUAAGAACCAUGGAAGAUCAAUGUUCAAAAGUUUCCAACUUUUUUCUCUCCCCUGUUUUUCACCGUACGCCAUUGAAGCAAGCAAGCAGCUCCUUUUUUGCUAAUAAACAAUUGAGUUUCCUGAAACCAAUCACCCAAAACACACAAAAGGCGCCCCCUUUUUCUGCUUUUUGGAAAGACAAAGUUUCAUUUUACAAGUCGGACCUUUCUGAGUUCGCAAAACCCUUACAUGCCAAAUUGGACAGAGAAUCCAGCAUCAGAAAGUCAUUGGCCCAAUUCAUCACCGAAUGAUUCAGUUCCAUUCAGUCGUGGAUUGUCCACUCAAUUAGCCUUACUAACUACGCCUUAUCCCUUUUUCCCUGCUUUGCAUGGAAUUGGGGCCAUGGAUUGCCCACUCCUUUAUCGACCGUCCCCUGUUUAUUUGGUGCUGUUCUGAGUCGACAAAGUGCCACAAAUAGCCACUUUUCCUUCAGCUGGCCUUACUAUUUAUAGUCUUGUUCGCUUGCAUACUAUUGAUCCCUCACCAUUUCCUGUAAUCUUUUUCUUCCCCUGUCAAGGUUAAUCGCUCAAGAUGGAGUACGAAAACUGCUACCUUCAAGCUCAGAGGCCCAAAUACGAUUGCCUUCUAUUCGAUCUAGAUGAUACCCUUUAUCCUUACAGCUCUGGCCUUGCAGCAGCAUGUGGGCAGAACAUCAAAGAUUACAUGGUGGAACACUUGGGCAUUGACAGGAACAAAAUAGUGGAGCUGGGCAAUCUGCUGUACAAAAACUUCGGCACAACCAUGGCUGGUCUCCGGGCCAUUGGCUACGACUUCGAUUAUGAUGAGUACCACAGCUUCGUUCAUGGCAGAUUACCUUACGAGAAUCUGAAGCCCGACCCUGUUCUUAGAAGCCUGCUGCUGAGCCUCCCGUUCCGCAAAGUUGUAAGUGCUGAAACAGAAUUUUAACCCCAAACAUCCUCAUAUUCUUCGUUACUUUUUCACUGACGGUAAAAAUAAAAAUGAAAAACAAACAAACAACGCAGAUAUUCACUAAUGCGGACAAAGUUCACGCACUCAAGGCGCUGAGCAGGCUGGGAUUAGAGGAUUGCUUCGAAGGGAUAAUCUGCUUCGAGACACUUAAUCCCACCCACAAGACCGCAGCUUCUGAUGACGAGGACGACGUCGCUUUCGUGGGCCCGGACUCAUCCGCCGCCGCCAACGCAACAACAGCUCCUCCUCCUCCAACCCACCACAAUAAUUCCCCUGCCCCUGUUGAAAUCUUCGACAUUAUUGCCCACUUCGCCAAUAACCCUAACAGCAACAGCAACAGCAACAGCAACAACAGUACCUUGCUCCCCAAGUCACCCAUUGUGUGCAAGCCAUCGGAAGCCGCCAUCGAACGCGCCCUCAACAUCGCCAAUCUCAACCCACAGAGAACCUUGUUCUUCGAAGAUAGCGUGAGGAACAUUCAAUCCGGGAAGCGGGUCGGGCUGCACACCGUGCUGGUUGGGACCUCGCAGCGGGUCAAAGGAGCGGAUUACGCACUGGAGAGCAUCCACAACCUGAGGGAGGCGAUUCCUGAGCUCUGGGAAUUAGCAGACAUUGUUACCAUCAAAUCGCCUUCAGACAAAGUUGCUGUUGAACAAUCGGUCACAGCUUAAUUUCACCAAGAUCAAACCACCCCCAAAAAACUUGGGGAUCACAGAAAAAAAAAAGAAGGGAAAAAAAGGUUGAAAUCAUUGAUUGAUGGAUUGGCCCCCAUCCAUCCAUGGAAGCUCUUGUUAUGAUCACACAAAGUUAAUGGUGACCCAAUUUCCUCCUCCACAUAUAUCAUCAUCAUGUAGCUGUAGUGAUGCUCCCUUUCUCCUCUGUCUCUAUCCGAUCAUAUAUAUUAGUAUAUAAUAAGAAACCCAUGAAAAAUAUAUGAGAGAAAAUAAAAAGAAGAAUUUCCCCCCCACCUCCAUCAUCGUUGCUUGUUGAAAUCAGUGGAGUCAUUAUCAACCACAUCGUCACUCACUCACUCACUCUGCCAAUCAUUGAUUGAAAAAAGAAGUAACACGCAAGAGUUUCAAACUCUCUAAAUCGGUAAUCCUAUUUUUUUGUUCGGUUUCUAACAUUAAUUUAUCGGUCCUUGAGAUUGCGAGUUAACGACACCUGUAGUGAAAUCUGGUACGGGGAAACCGAAUCUGGUGGUGUGCAUCAAAGAUAAUACAGCAAGAACCGGAUCAACAUAUGACAUGGGCGGAUGGGGGAUUUCGUUUUAGCCUUGAUUAGUAAAUAAAUAAACUACUGC